CUGUUAAGUAGUUUUUGAAUUAUUUUGAAGCUUUUGAUGAAAGUACGACCAACCUACACUGACUCUGAUUACAAACUAGCCAAGGAAGGAUGUGGUGAUGUGCACAGGAAAGGGAUACUUCCUUUGGAUAAAUUCAGUGUCCAUCUCUCGUCUGUUUCGUCGAAAAGAGGAAGCUUCAUCAACGCAAUAUAUUUACCAUCAUACACAAACAGGAGAGCGUUUAUUGUGACGCAGUAUCCGCCGGAAGAGGAAGCAGUUGAUUUCCUGCGCCUGCUCAAUGAUCAUGAAUCUGAUACAGUAAUCUGUAUGGAUCCUCUGAAAGAUAUUGAAUCGAGUACGACGUGGUUACCUACUCCUUCCUCUUCCAAGGUAGUCGUCCCCCUCAAUGUUCACUAUCAAUCAAAGGCCGGAACUGACGUGAAAAGUACCAAAAUUCACAUGGUGCAAAAUAAUAGUGAGGAGGAAGCUCAUUCAGUAACCAUUAUUGAACCGAUUGUCGCCAUGAAAACAUCCGGAAACCCUCUAGAUACAUCCCAGCUUAGAAGCUUGGUAUCUGUCGCUCUGAGUUCUGAGAAUGAAAAGCCGAUUACAGUUGUUAGCAAAGAUGGAGCGUGUCUUUGUGGAUUUUUCUGUGCCGUUCAUAACGUGAUACAACAGAUUAACAUGGACGACUGUGUGGAUAUCUUCACUGCCGUCAGACAACUUCAAGUUCGAAGACCGGAGUUCUGUGCUAAUUUCGAUGAGUAUGGUCUGAUCUAUAGAUCUGUUUAUGAUAACAUACAAAGUACAACAGAAAACAUUUACAGCAAUCAGUAAAGUGGUGGAUCUAUACGCUGCAAUCCUUCAUGACUUUUAAAAUUAUAUAAUUAAAAAUAUAUAUAU